CUGGCUGACGCUCUAACGAUCACACAUGUACUGGAACCUAUUUUAUGAUGGGCAAUUUAUAUUAAGCGCGCACUAAAAUGACGUCAAUUUAGUUAUUGUCCGGUCACUGCAUAUUAGAUACUAUCACAUACAAAUUAUGUCUGGGCGAAAUUGUAUUUUUUUUCUAGUUUGUAUGUGUAUUAUUAUAGAAUCAAAUUUUAACGCUAAAUACGCCGUAGAAGUGCUGAAGAAUCUGUUUUUUUCUACAGAACUAUUUUGAUGUUCAGGUGCACCACAUUUCAACGAGAAACGCGAAGAGAAGUGGCUAUGAUGUUUUUACACAUUAUUAAUAUUAUUGCGGAUAUUGCAUUGUUUUAAAUGUUACUGUGAGAUUUGUGGUAAAAUUGCAGCAAUUGUACUACCCACACUAUUCUUCCGACACUUCGAACACCACAAUGGAAACUGCUCCCCUCUCGGGCCAUGGCCUAAUGUCUGUUUACCUUUUAUGGAAAUGAAUCAUUUUCGAAUUUUUCCCCAUGAAUGUACGAUGUACAUUCUUCGCAGAAUGUGAAAUUAUUAGUCUGCCUCACAUUGAUUAAAAAGCGCCGAAAAGACAGUUCGCAUGACACGUUUAAGCUCAACAUGGAUGAAAUUAAAGUAGAACCUGAUUCAGAUAUGAAGACUCUCCAAGUUAAGGAAAAGGCAGUAGCAGAUCUUGCAAUGCAAAUGAGUGAUUCCUCGUUUAAUGAAGAGAACAAUGGAGCUGUAAUCAAACAGGAACCUGAUUCAGAUGGUGAGAUGGACCCACAGCUUACACACAGCAAAGAUCAGAAACCAGUGCCAUUCAGUUUCAUUGCAGUGAAAAAUGAAAUUGAGCAUGAAGACGGGUCAUGGGACAGUAAUACAGUCAAGGGUGAACUGAAGAAUGUAAUUUCGACAGGAGACCUUGAGGAGUGUCUAGAGAGCGAAGAAAAAUUAAGUAGUCAACGAGAAGAAUCAUCCACUUACGGCACUUUAUUAACCGAAGCUAAUGGGAAUGAACAGUACUAUGACAUAUAUAAUGUACGUAACUGUUCUGAUGUGCAUGACAGCACUCAUAAUGAGAUUAAAAUAAUUGCAACAGGAGUGAUGCUUGGGAGUUUAAACAGUAACAAAGUGCGUAGGAAGAAACGCAACAAGACGGGAGAGAAAUCUUAUAAAUGUGAGGAAUGUAAGAGAAUGUUCGUGAGGAAAGAGCACCUAAUGAGGCAUUUUCGCACCCACACUGGGGAAAAACCGUACAAAUGCGAUAUUUGCAAUAAAUUCUUUUCACAGAAUGGAACUUUGAAGGGACAUUAUCGCACUCAUACAGGGGAGAAACCGUACUCUUGUAGCAUAUGCAAUAGGAGUUUUGCAGAAAAUGUAAACCUGAAGAAUCAUUAUCGUAUUCACGCUGAAGAAAGGCUUCAUAAGUGUGACAUAUGCAGUCAAGCCUUUUCUAUGAGGGUCAGUCUGAAAACACAUUAUCGUUCUCACAUGGGAGGAAAGACACACAAGUGUGAAAUAUGUCGAAAGGAAUUUUCUAAAGGUGACAACUUGAGGAAACAUUAUCGUACUCACACAGGGGAGAAACCGCAUAAGUGUGAUCAGUGUGGUAAAGAAUUCUCUGUAAGUGCAAAUCUCAAGAGACAUAUUCGUACCCACACAGGUGAAAAACCAUACAAAUGUGACGUGUGCAACAAGGAAUACUCUAAGAGCGAGCAUCUAAAGACUCAUCGACGCACACAUGCUGCAGUCUGAUUAUUGGAAUAACCAUUGUGAUGAGUACAAAGUACAUGAAUUUUUUGAUUUGUAGGUUAUGUGGUAAUUCUUUAAAUGUUGAGGUUGUUUUACAUUGAAUGACGUUAGAGCACCUACUGGUGAGUGGUUUGUACUCCUACUUCAUAAUCAGGUCCCAGGUUGCCUGCCAGCACAUGCUCGUACAUUAUCUUGAAGCAGGUUAUGAAUGAUCUCUUCCAGUUCAUCAUUCACUGUUACAUAACACGUGGAUUUCAAAAGCAUUGUUGAAUGACCAACAAUCAGUCAAAUAAGAGAAUAGUUGUGACUUAGAAGAAAGUAAAUAAAUUUGUUAUACACGGGGUUUACAUUUGACCCUGAAUUUUCAUUAUUUUUCAGAAUGUGUAUUGUUAUUAUUCACAGUCCAUAGUUCUUUUGUUUUGUGUUUUAGUCUGUUUAACAUGAAACAGGUCAGGCAAUUUAUUGGCAUGUUUCAGGUCAAAUUUGAAUCAUCCUUAUAAGAAAAUUUGAAUUAUGGGUGUGCGUAAACUUAUAGCUUGAGAACAGGUAAACGAGUUUUCACCAAACUUGGCGUGCAUAAUGUUGAAACCAAGAAUAGUUUUCAGAAAGGUUAAAGUUCCAAAAAUAUCUCCUGAGUUCAAAAUCUGGUGACGGUGAUUUCUGUAUCUUAGGAAAUAAGCAUGGCAGAAGCACAUCACCAGGACUGAAAUUGUUUGUAUUGAUCAGGAGAUUACACGAAGAAUGGCCACAACCCCAGAGAACUGUACAGGGUUCAAGUCCUGGUUUAAGAUUAUUUUUGUAACUUGGAAAAUAAUUUGUUUCUAUAAUAUUUAACAAUUCAUUUUAAUGAUGGUUAGUGACCUGGAAAAAUUGUCUUGUUUUGAACUUGAUGAUAUUUUGAAGAGUUUUACUUUGAUUUUUUGGCAUACUUCAGGUCCUAAGAUUAUUGUGAGAUGCUUCCAUUGUAGUAAUUGUAUUCUGCUUUGAGGAAUCAAUAUUCUAUGGUCUGUU